ACACACACACUCACACACACACACACACACACACACACACACACACACACACUCACACACACUCACACACACACAACUAAACGCAGGACUGAGCAGCUGUUCGCCCGGAGAGGAGGACUGAUGACCGUCAGACGAUGGGACGUCACGUGUCUCUGAACAAACUGUGUUAACUGAAGGAAACUGAAGCGUCUCUGAAACCGGAGUGAACGAGUUCACCAAUCAGACUCACUGAAGGUUGCUGAGGGGUCAGAGGUCAGAGGUCAGAGGUCGUCAUGCAGAGUAUAAAGUGUGUGGUGGUGGGUGACGGUGCUGUGGGGAAGACCUGCCUCCUCAUCUCCUACACCACCGGAGCUUUCCCCAAAGAGUACAUCCCCACCGUGUUCGACAACUACAGCAGCCAGGUGACGGUGGACAACAGGACCAUCAGUCUGAACCUGUGGGACACGGCGGGUCAGGAGGAGUACGACCGGCUGAGGACGCUGUCCUACCCGCAGACCAACGUCUUCAUCAUCUGCUACUCCAUCUCAAGCCCCGCCUCCUACGAGAACGUCAAACACAAGUGGCACCCAGAGGUGUCUCACCAUUGUCCCGGCGUUCCCAUCCUGCUGGUCGGCACCAAGAGCGACCUCCGGGCCGACGCCGACACGCAGAGGAAGCUGAAGGAGCAGAACCAGGCUCCGGUCAGCCACCAGCAGGGCGCCGCGCUCGCCCGCCAGAUCCACGCCAUGCGGUACCUGGAGUGCUCGGCCCUGAACCAGGACGGCAUCAAGGAGGUGUUCGCGGAGGGCGUGCGGGCCUUCCUCAACCCGCAGCCCGCCGUGCAGAAGAAACCCUGCGUCCUGCUGUAAGGACGGAGCCUGAACGCCUCACCACGGGUUCCUGUGGCCUCGCUGCCCGAGAGACUGUUUGAAUUAAAUAUUUGCUUUAAAUGUGUUUUUUUAUUUUAAACGUUUGGUUAGAAUUUUAUCUUUGAGGAGUUGAGAGAUGGAGGUUCUGUGCUCAUUGUUCGGUUUAAAGGGGAACAUACGGGUCUUAUUCACAGUGGGGGGGGGGGGGCAUUAA